AUGAGUAUGUUGAGUGACGUUUUUAUCGGAGCAAUUGGGUUAAUAGGUGGGGUAGAUGCGCACCAUAGCCACAGCCAUGGGAAAGAUGGACACUUCCACAGCCAUGGGAAUGGUGGACAUUUCCACAGCCAGUACACUCAAUUGGUGCAAGCGGCGUUCCCAUUUGGGGCGAGGUACAAUAGUGUGCUUGCGAGUGUGUACUUGGGGUUGCUUCCGUGUUUGCUAGUGAUGGUUUUGCCUGGGUUUCAAAGAGGUGGGACUCGGAUGGUGAGGAUGAUGGUUCCGUUUGCGAUGGGGGGUAUUUUGGGGGACGUGUUGUUGCAUGUUGUUCCUGAGUUGUACGGGCACGGGGAGGAGAGCGAUUUGCGAGUUGGGUAUGGGAUUUUCGGGGGGAUUGUUGCGUUUAUGGUUAUGGACAAGAUGAUGCGUGUUCUUGGGGGAGACAGCCAUGGGCAUGGGCAUGGGCAUGGGCAUUCGCAUUCGCAUUCUCACGCCAGUGAGAAUGAGAAGGAGAAGAAAGAGGAAAAGACAUCUCUCAGGGCCAGUACUUACCUCAACAUGGUAUCGGAGAGCAUCCACAAGGCGAUGGACGGGCUCACGCUUGCGUCUUCAUUCUACGCUUCGAAACACGCGGGCAGCAUGACGUUUAUCGCGCUCGCGCUGCAUGAGGUGCCGCACGAGCUCGGGGACUUUGCCGUGAAGAUGUCGAGCGGGAUGUCGUUUGGACAGGCGGUGCGGUCGGAGAUGGUCACGUGCCUCGGAUCUCUUGCCGGCAUUGCCAUUGGGUGCAUGUUGAACGAGGCAGGUGGUGCUGGUACUGCUAGCGCCAGUGCCAGUGCCAGUGCCAGUGGCACUGGGAGUGCCACUGGUGCGUGGUCCAGUCUUGUCAGCGCGAUGAGCUGCGGAGGGUUCAUCUACACGAGCACGGUGGGCGUGAUUCCGGAGCUUUUGGGCGAGGCUGGCGGCCCGGACCAGGCAGGCGUCCUGGAAACGGUGGUCCAAAUCGCGUGCGCGUUCCUGGGCUUCCACGUCGCGGCAUCGAUGCACUAG